AUGGCUACGCAACGUAUCCGCAACGCUAUCACUGCCCUGCAUCCAACUAAGGAGCAGAGGAAGUUUAGUGUUCGUUUCCGGAGUGAGGCGAGCGAGGAGCGGAUAGGAAUGGUUUUGUGGUUCUUUCGGGACAAACUAGCCGUUAAUAGAGAGAUCACGGCGGUAGAGUAG